UACUAUGCACAGCGUUCUCGUAAACAAGAAGAGGAAACACAGCCAAGCACGAUGAGAGAUGAAUCUAGUGUGCUACCCCCCGAUUAUAGUGAUUCCCUUCCUUUAAGUUCCUAUGCUGAAGACAUUGACGCUAUUACGGGAGCUACUAGCGCUCCGCAUUCGGAUGUUAACAUACAACCACAUAUACCGUGGCUCACCACACUGCCUUUCGGAAGUGAUGAAGAGGAGGAGCCUUCUUUACAAGAGGUCGAGGCUGCCCUCACACCCGUCAGGCAUAAGUCAGAGAUUCAUUACAUGGAGAAGGAGAUUAGGCAACUCCGUCAAGAUAUGGCGGGCAUUUUGGAGGAACUCCGACAAUUUAAGGUCCUUUAUAAGGAUAUGCAGAAUUUAACAGUAAAUCAGCAGACAGCUCUGCUAGUUUCCCAACCACAGCGGGUUAUGGAGACUCCAUUCCCAUUGCCCAGAACUAUCUAUACACCACUUGAGGCAGUGGAGCCAGAGCCUUAUACUCCACAACCUAGCCCCCGCAGAUCCCAAGUGCCACAUAGUAAGAGUCAUUUAAAGUCAGAAAUAGAUACAAAUGCCUACCUACCUAAUCUACAAUAUCCUCCUCCGAUGGGGCGGCUUCAGAGUGCCGCAUCUCCGGGCAUGUUUUAUAGGGGCCCGCAUCCAACAAUUCCAGAUUUCACCAGUCCAGACCCUAGAGAGUUCACUCAUCUAAAGUUUGCCCUCAACAACAUCCUCCCUCCCGAUGCAACUGAACUUUUCAAGUAUCAGAUUCUCCUUGGACACCUCAAGUUUACAGAGGCUUGCCUAAUAGCAGACUCAUUCCUGAAUUCCUCUCAGCCAUACACAGACACUAUGAAUAUGCUUAACAAUACAUAUGGACUACCCUUUCAGUUAGCCCUUACUAAGAUAGCAGAAGUCAUGGAGGCUCCUAAUGUAGAGCCUGGAGAUUUAGCCAGUUUUAAUCUGUUCGCCCUCCGGAUUCAAGCUCUUGUGGGUCUCCUAAACUCAUUAGGCUCAGAGGGAGAUGUCGAGCUACGGUGUGCCUUACAUGCAGCACGCUUACUCACCAAGUUACCUCCGGAUUUGCGUGCUUCAUUCAAACGUCACCUGCCUCAUCAGAAAUCUUACACUCUACCAGAUCUGGCAGAGUGGCUCAAGCUUGAAUCCUGGUGGCAAUACUCUGAGAACUUAUAUCAGAGAAAAGAUCAGAGAAGUAAAAUGGUGCGGCCCAAACCAGGCCCAGUGGUGAAGCAUAAACUCGCUUCUGGCCUGCAUGGAGCUGACCGACCCCCAGAAACAGUUACUCGAGUGCCGACCUUGCAUCAGUCAGAGCCAGUACGAGGAUCUGAACAUAGCAGACCUCUGUGCCCAUACUGCCAAAGUACCGAACAUUAUUUAAGCCAGUGUACCACUUUCCAGGCGUUCAGUACAGAGCAGAUGAUCAAAUGGAUCAAAGACAACAAGCGUUGUUGGAAAUGUGGACGAUUACACCUAGCCAAAGACUGUACCCUAAAGAAGCCCUGUCAUCUGUGCAGUGGGAAACACCUUCGAAUCCUUCAUGAGGUUAAUAGCCAACCUCAAAGGGAGAGUACCUGUUAAGUGCUGACACACAGAUGUCUCUGGGCCUGUAACCUCCUUGACCAAUCAGAAGACCCGAUUUCACACUCUCCAGG